AUGAAUCGCGUCAAGGGGGAUCGAGCAAGACAGCAAUUCCUGGCCGAAGGCCCCCUUCGACUAGCACCGAUCAAUCGCCCCUGGCAGAGGCUGGACAGAGGUGUUGCCCUCAACGGUGCCGAUCCAGGAUUUACUUCACCGAAUAUCGAGCAAUACACACCAUACUGGUCAGGGGGAACAUACGGAGAGCAGUUACAAGUGGAAACCUCUUUCACGGUACCCUACGCGCCCGCUCACGUCUAUGGCCAGUACCCGAACAUGCAUGGCAACACAGGCGGUUCUGAACAAAACAUGUACGCUGGUCACACGAAUCUCCAUCUUGGCUAUGGAGAGCCAGAGCCCUACCCGGUUGAUGUCGGGAUGAUGGCAGGAAACAGGCAGAACGAGCCGGGCGAAGAUGAAGGGGAAGACAAAGGGGAAGACGAUGAAGAUGCCGAAGCGGAGGAGGAAGAGGACGACGACGAUGACGAGGGUAGCCUAGUAAUGGUGUCCGGAAAACCAGUCGCUAACCCGAAUCAGUAUAACUGA